AGCACUUGGCUUGCUAGGAUCAAUCAAAGUUAGUAAUACAGACAACCCAGAAUAUUGGCCCAAUUAGUAGACCUUGGAACUAUUACAUUUUCUUCUAUGCUGUUUUCCUGCAUCUUAUGAUUGGAAGUUUCUGGGAUUAGGGAAUCCUUUAUAUGAACCUUUGCUUUACUAAAGUUACAUCGUUGUCAAGAACUGCUAGCCGCAUGCUGAGGAUACAUAUGUCUGAGUACAAAAAGUCAGAAAGUUUUAUCCCUAGACCUAUUAUUGUUUUCCGAACGUGGCGUACGUUACUGUCUAUACACUAUUAGUCUUAAAUUAUAAAAGCAUGUGUCAAUCAUCUAAUACCAAAAUGUAAAACAUUCGUAUGUGUCAUUUUUUUCUGGGUUCAAAUCUAUAGCCUCACAGCUCUCAGAAUCGACUAUAGUACUGAGCCACAGCUCAGGAUUGGUUAGGAUAUCCUCUCUUUUAAUAAUUUCUGAGGCACCCCCAAAGUUGAGUUUAGAUGUGCACACGAGAAACAUCUCUUUCACAAGUUGUUUUUGGAAGCAUACUGUUUUUAUAAAGUUGGAGUUAUAGACUUUAUUUUGGGUAUAUAGGUGUUAACUGCUAGAAACAUUUCAUCUCCUGUGAAUUGUAUAGUGAUGGCAGUCCAGCAGCAAGUUAUUGAUGGUUCAUAUGAUGAUGAUGGGAAGCCAUUAAGAACUGGAACUUUAUGGAGUUGCGUAGCUCACAUAAUAACCGCUGUGAUUGGUUCCGGAGUUCUUUCCUUGGCUUGGAGUACAGCACAACUUGGAUGGAUAGCAGGACCAAUCUCCUUGCUUUGCUUUGCUAUUGUCACCUAUGUUUCUGCAUUUCUCCUGUCUGAUUGUUACAGGUCUCCUGACCCUGUAACCGGAACACGAAACUACUCUUACAUGGAUGCUGUUAGAGUAAAUCUUGGCAAGACGCAGACAUGGUUUUGUGGUUUGCUUCAAUACUUUAGCAUGUUUGGCACUGGUAUUGCUUAUGUGAUUACUACUGCAACCAGCAUGAAAGCAAUUCAAAAGUCAAAUUGUUACCAUAGAGAAGGGCAUAGAGCUCCAUGUUCAUAUGAGGAUACUUACUUUAUGCUUCUAUUUGGAUUUGUUCAGAUAGUUGUGUCACAGAUACCAAAUUUUCAUAACAUGGAAUGGCUCUCAGUAAUUGCAGCAAUCAUGUCAUUCACUUACUCUUUUAUUGGGUUUGGACUUGGUUUUGCAAAAGUAAUAGAGAAUGGGAGGAUCAAAGGGAGCAUAACAGGAGUUCCAGCUGCUAAUCUUGCUGAUAAAUUAUGGUUGGCCUUUGAAGCACUAGGAGAUAUUGCUUUUGCGUAUCCAUAUUCACUUAUUCUUCUUGAGAUUCAGGAUACAUUGAAAUCAUCCCCGCCUGAGAACAAAACCAUGAAGAAGGGAUCAAUGAUUGCAAUCUUUGUCACAACUUUCUUUUAUCUCUGCUGUGGAUGCUUUGGAUAUGCAGCUUUUGGCAACAAUACGCCUGGAAAUCUCUUGACAGGAUUCGGAUUUUAUGAACCUUAUUGGCUCAUUGACUUUGCAAAUGCUUGCAUUGUUCUUCAUUUGGUUGGAGGAUAUCAGAUAUAUAGCCAGCCAGUUUUUGCAUUUGUGGAAGGUUGGUUUGGUAACAAAUAUCCAAGAAGCAGGUUUGUGAACAAAUUUUACACCAUGAAACUCCCAUUUUCUCCUCCUCUUCAGGUGAAUAUUCUGAGGCUAUGUUCUAGAACUGCUUAUGUUGCAGCAACUACUGCUAUUGCAAUGACUUUCCCUUACUUCAACCAAAUUUUAGGAGUCCUGGGGGCAUUGAACUUUUGGCCUUUGGCAAUAUAUUUUCCUGUGGAAAUGUACUUUGUGCAGAAGAAAAUUGGGCCUUGGACAAGAAAAUGGAUUGUUCUUAGGACCUUUAGCUUUGUUUGUCUGCUUGUGUCAAUUGUGGGUCUAAUUGGGUCAAUUGAAGGGCUUAUAAGUGCCAAGUUUGGCUGACAGGACAAACUUUCUCCUGACCAAUAUAAGAUUACAGUUAGUUCAGCCUGUGAACUGCUUUUCUUGAGUAAGCAAGUCCAUUAUAUUCUUGGCUUCUUCUUUUGUUGUGUGGGUCUGAAGAGGUUUCCAAUUUAGGACAGUAACAUUCCAGCAGCAAUGUCUGCAGGAAGAUGAUCUUUAAGCUUGUUUAACACUUUAAUUAAUUGUAGAAAAGAAAAAGAGGUGUAAAAGAUCAUUUUCCUAGAA